AACAUUCUUUGGUUUUUUUUUUAAGGCAUCUGGUGACCCCAUCAGAGUGUCCUGCGAUCUCCAAGGGGGUCUUGACCCCAAGGUUGAGAACCACUUUCACUAGCUAUUUAAAAACAGCAAAUGAAACAGGAGAGGGCAGCUUAGCUGUCAACUGGAAAUUAAUCUACAUAGUAAGCACAGCAGUGUUUCCCAUUCAGUUUUUAAAAGAUAAUCUCAAAACUUUCUUCUGGACUAAUAAGAUCUUGGUUAAAUAUGUAAGACAGGUGUCUGCCCACUCAGUACACACAUAAAUUAAACAGUAAGAGUGAAAAAUACAAGAAUGAUUAAGCACCAAAAAAAUUUCAUGAGAAGCAAAGUGACAUUUCAUCAGCAACAAGGGCAUUACAUUAUCACAGACCUUAGGCAGAUAAAAAAAUGUAUAAAAGAAUAAGACAGGGCUAAGGAUAGAGGCAUCACCAUACAGAAGAUCUUAAAGUUUUCCUCACUUACAGAAAAAACAACAGUUCUCAUCCUUUGAGGAAUCCAGCAGGCAUUUUAAAAAGACAUCAUAAAAAAACUUAUUUAAUCUGUAGUUUAGUUAUAUAAGGGCCAAUUCUGUUUGUUUUUCAGAAUGUCUGAGCUGCCCACUUUCCCACGGAUGCCCACUCUGCUGCUUUGCAUUCUGGGUAUGACCCUGAUGACAUCCGGCUUCCCUCACCCUCGAUUACAUCUCAGAAAUGCAGGCGAUUCAGAGGAACCAAAACGAGACAGUUGGGACGUCCUCUUCCCCUCCAUCUCUCUCCGUGAUUGGAGCAUUCAGAUGAUGUCGGCGCCCAGCCUCGGAGCAGCAGCCAAUAGCAAAGAUGGACUGAUUAGGGGGGCGUGGCUGUUCGGUCCUGAGAGAGUUGAUUCAAGUUUUGGUCUUGUGCAUCCCUGCAGUGACGAGAGGGCGUGGCCUGCUGGGUGGUCGUCUCCCAGUGGCGGCACGGUGAAGAGGAACAUGGUAGUGGCUGAUGACGCCGCGUUCAGAGAGAGGAGUAAACUGCUCACCUCCAUGGAGAGGCAGAAGUGGCUCAACUCAUACAUGCAGAAACUACUGGUGGUCAAUUCUUCAUGAUAAUGA